GACAAGUUUUUUAAGCACACAAUAGUUCGUUGUUUUCAACUUAAAACCGUAAAAAUGACUCUGAAAUUAACGGCAACAGUGGUAGCUUUGUUUCUUCUUCUACAUGUGACAACGUCAGCCAAAGUAAUUUGUUAUUACGAAAGUUGGGCUGAAAGCUACUUUGCACCUGAAGACAUUGAUGUAAGCAUUUGCACUUACGUUAAUUAUGCCUUUUUGGGCAUCAACGAAGAUGGAAGUUUUCGCCUUGAUGGAGGAGAUGACAUACUGAAGAGAUUAAGUGCCCUGAAAUCACGAAACCCAAACCUUAAAUUGCUGGUGAGCGUUGGAGGGUGGAGCGAAGGUUCUGAAACUUUCUCACAUGUUGCUGCCGACGCUGGUGCCAAAAACAGUAUGGCUCACAGCGUCCUCUACUAUAUGCAAACUUAUAAUUUUGAUGGCGUGGACAUCGAUUGGGAAUAUCCUGGACAACGUGGUGGAACUCCAGAUGAUAAAGAAAACUUUAUUGACAUGCUAUGGGUUAUCAGAAACCUUCUUAACGAAAAUGGUGGUGGUCUUAUAACAGUCGCUGUAUCUUCCAUCCCUGAUGGUAGCAGCUACAACACACAAGCAAUCUCAAAAGUAGUUGACGCUAUAAAUGUUAUGACGUAUGAUUUCCAUGGGUCUUAUGAUGGGAAGACCGGUCAAAAUUCCCCGCUGUAUGCGUCUUCGACUGACAGCGAAUGGGAAAGAGAAAAUUCCAAUUGUGAUGCUUCUAUCAACAAUUGGUUGAAUAGUGGGGCUGAUCCUAAUAAGCUGAUUCUAGGUCUAGGAUUUUAUGGGCACAGUUUUCAACUUUCUGAUCCCAACCAACAUGGUGUAGGAGCUCCAGUCAGUGGUGAUGGAAUAAAAGAUGGUUAUGUGGGAUACAGUGACAUUUGUCAGUUAAGUGGAUGGACUGAAGUCUGGGAUGACGAACAGCAAGUACCGUACAGAUAUUCAGGGGAUCAGUGGAUUGGCUACGACAAUCCUCAAUCGAUUGGGCUUAAGGUGCAAUAUGCAAUGAAUAGAUAUUUGGGUGGAGUGAUGAUGUGGGCUAUAGACAACGAUGACAAGAAUGGGGCUUGUGGUACCAAGGAUCCUCUAUUGGAAGCAAUAAGAAAUAAUUUGUACAGAGAUGUUUAAAUAUUUGUGAUAUACGUUAGAUCAUAUAAUAAAUAGAUACCAGUACUCAAACUGAAA